AUGCAACCGAUAUUUGGUGGUAAUGCAAAGAUGACGGUGCCUGAAACAUACUUUGCAUUUAAACAUAAACUACUCGACACAAGUUGUUUCGAUCAAAUACAAAUCUUACAAUACAAUGGUAAACUAUAUUCACUUGAUACAAGACGUUUAUUCAUUAUAAAACAACUGCAACUUCAAGGGAAAGACGAACUGCUUAAUGCAUUAUCUGUUAAGUAUUAUGAGUCAGAAGCUCAAGCACCGAAAACUUAUCAGAAACUGCGAACCUGCAAAAACUUAGAUAUUUUAAAUGUUGAUCUCAAUCAACGGAGUUACGGGAGUGGUUGCUGCUUUGUUAGAAAAUAUUGUACUGUUAGUGCUAUACUUCACAGUGAUUUGGAUGAGCAUAUUGUUCGUGAUCACUUAAAACAAAGUUAUCCUCUUCAGUUUGAAUUGUAUCAAACUGCAAAAUGUAAAAAGUGUGGUAGCCAAAUGAAUAUUUCAGUUUGCUUAGAUGGUCGAAAACAUUACACCGAUGGUACGUGUGAACAGUGUAAGGCUUCGCUAAGAAAAGUCGACACUCAAUUUAGGGGCCGUUGGCAAGAUUUAGCAUUAGAAAAUUUAGUCAAAAAGAGUUAG